AUGGCUACUCGGGCUGUGGUACCGUUUCUAGUUACGAUGAUGCUCGUGACCGGUGUCUGCAAUACAAUCCUCAAUAAGUAUCAGGAUAUGCAAUGUGUACGGAACUGCGACUCUCCAGACUCUAAAUAUCGGCAAACUUUCGAGCAGCCAGUCGUCCAGACUGUUCAGAUGUUUAUUGGAGAAAUGGGGUGUUGGCUCGUGAUAUUCGGCUCAUAUGUUUAUCAAUCGUUUAUAUAUCCGCGUCUGUCUCCCAAUUCUUCGCCUCUCCUUGCGGGCGGGUAUAAUCCCGUCCACCCUGAUGACAUAGGUGAUGAGGAGGACCAUACGAUUGACGGUCCUGAUGCAUCUAACCGUACUCCCAAGCGCACCGAUGCUGAAGGUCGGCCGUACCUCAGUGGACGUCGGAUCCUCCUUCUCGCUGCGCCGGCAUGCUGCGAUAUCGCGGGUACGACUCUGAUGAACGUGGGUCUGCUCUUCGUUGCGGCCAGCAUCUACCAAAUGACGCGUGGAGCAUUGGUCCUUUUUGUCGGGCUUUUCAGCGUUCUGUUUCUCCGACGGAAGUUGUUUCUAUACCAGUGGAUUGCACUGUUCGUGGUGGUUCUUGGUGUCGCCUUGGUAGGACUUGCCGGUGCACUCUUCGGCCAGGACCAAGGCCAUGAUAUCUCCCGGGAUGAUACGCUUGCAAUUGCCCCUCGGGCCGUGAUGGAAGCUCGGGAGAUGGUGAAGACUCCUGAAGCGCUCAAGGCUGUCAUUGGUGUGCUCUUGAUUGCAGCGGCACAGAUCUUCACGGCCUCACAGUUCGUGCUGGAGGAGUGGAUUCUCGAGAACUACGCCAUGGAUCCCCUUCAGGUCGUUGGAUGGGAAGGCAUAUUCGGUUUCUCGGUUACUGCCAUUGCUUCCAUCAUUUUGUACCUGACCGUAGGACGGACGGAAGCCGGUCGCUACGGCUAUUUUGACGCCAAAGAAGGAUGGCGUCAAGUCUUUUCUAACAAGUACAUCGCCAUGGCUAGCGUCCUGAUUAUGAUUAGCAUUGGAGGCUUCAACUUCUUCGGCCUUUCAGUCACCCGAACCGUAUCUGCCACUUCCCGCAGUACGAUCGACACCUGCCGGACACUCUUCAUCUGGCUUGUUUCGCUCGCCCUCGGCUGGGAAACAUUCAAGUGGCUGCAAGUCCUGGGCUUUGCGCUUCUCGUCUACGGAACCUUCUUGUUCAACGAUAUCAUCCGUCCCCCUCUCAAAGCAUGUCUUCCCCGUGACAGGCAGGAGAGGCAGAUUCUGCUGCCCGAGGAACCCAUUGAGCAUAUUUAG